AUGUCGGUGCUACUGAGAAUCGAGAUCAUGCAGAGAGAAACCAUCAAACCAUCCUCUCCAACGCCCCUUCACUUAAGAAGUCUCAAGCUCUCUCUUCUGGACCAGUUCAUGCCAGUAGUUCACAUUCCACUGCUGCUAUUUUACCCCAGGAAUGGAAACGACACAGAUCACCUUGCCAAAGCCACGGAAAGGUCACUGCUACUAAAGACCUCACUGUCUGAAGCCUUGACUCAUUUUUAUCCAUUCGCAGGCAGACUCAAAGACAAUUCGUCCAUUGAAUGUGAUGACCAUGGGGCUGAAUAUAUCGAGGCUCGAAUCCAUUGUAUUCUCUCUGAUAUUCUCAAAAGGCUUGAUACUGAAGUGCUAAAACAAAUCCUGCCUGCAGCUAUAAGUGAACCAGCCACGGCCAGGGAUAGUCAAUUAAUUGUCCAAGCUAGUUUCUUUGAUUGUGGUGGCUUGGCAAUUGGCGUGAAUCUUUCUCACAAGGUUGCAGAUGCAGCCACGCUAACAUCAUUCAUCAAGUGCUGGGCUGCAACCGCUCGCAGGUCGAGUACUGAGGUGGUGAUCAGCCCAGUGUUUAUGGGUGCUUCUAUUUUCCCACAAAUGGAUUUACCAAUCUCAAUGCUUCCAGUACUAGAUUUGAUUCAAGGAGAGUCUGUCAUGAAAAGGUUUGUGUUUGAAGCUCCCAAAAUUACUGCUCUCAAAGCGAAAGCCAUCAGUGCAAGCGUGCCAGAUCCAACACGGGUGGAAUCUGCAAUUAAGACGGGGUCCGUAACAAGAGUAGGGGCUACUGCCGGUGCUGCUGAUGCUGCUCUCUGUUCUUGCGGUCCAGCUCUCUCAGGUGGUAAAUUCCCAGCUUGA